AAAGCUGGCAACAUCACAAAAAGUCAGAAUUUAUUCACAUACGGAUGUCGAGAGAGAAAGUGAAUUAAAAGAGGAUUUUUUCGAGUUUAUUAUGUUUAAACAGUGAAAUGAGCAUUUCUGUAUUGUGAGAAAUGCUCUUAUUUUCGUUUAAGGAUUAUAGUGUGUGCCAAAUAACAACUAGUUAUUUGGCUUUAAAAUGUUGGAAAGUCAGGGCGAUUGACACAUCGUUCCUCGCAUGUUUAAAGUAAUUUUUAGGUGUGUUUUGUUGAAUUAGUGUACAGGAUGCCGAGGGGAGAGAACAGAGCGAGCAUCCUGUUAUCUCGGGAAGAGAAUGAACAGGUGUUCAGUUUGAUUGGACCAAAAUGCCAGAGUCUGGCAACAGCCGUGGUCCAGCUAUUCACGACAGAAGAUCCUUCACACUCGAAAUGGAAGAAGAAGGAUACAGGUGUACUUUGCCUGAUAAAGGACAAUGGGAAGAGGUCUUACUUCUUCCGAAUAUAUUGUCUAUACCGCAAGGCGAUGAUAUGGGAGCAAGAAGUCUACCUCCAGAUCGAAUACAAGAACCCACGGCCGUUCUUGCACACUUUCGAGGCAGAGGAAUACAUGGCCGCAUUCAAUUUUGCAAACGAAAAUGAAGCAAACAUCCUUAGAAAUAUACUACUCGAGAAAAUUGAACUUAGGAAAAUCAGACGAGAAGAACGGCGGCACCGCUCGAUGUUGUCAGCCCGCAGCAGCGGCAGCGGCCCCCCUCCCCCGCGACAGAACGGCACCCUCCCCCCGCCGCCGCCUGAGCCCGCGCCCUCGCCGGCCUACGUGCCGCCGCCGCCGCAGCCGCAGCCCCAACCUGUUAAGACUAACCAUAGUCUUGGAAGUUACACGUUAAAAAGUAAUAAGAAGCAGAAGGGUCGGAAACUAACGAAAGCUGAUAUCGGCGUGCCGCAGAACUUCAAACACAUAUCACAUGUCGGCUGGGAUGCUAAUAAAGGCUUCGACUUGGACAAUGCUCCGAACGCGGACGAGUUGCGCUCGUUCUUCACGAAGGCCGGAGUGUCGGAGACGCAGCUACAAGACCAGGAGACCAGAGAGUUUAUAUACGACUUCAUUGAGAUGCAUGGAGGUCUGCCCGCUGUUAAACAGGACUUGGAUAAUGUUAACCCCGCGCCGCUGGCGCCGCCGGCACCCCCGGCCCCGCCCGUGCCCACGCGCAGCCCCGCGCCGCCGCACCCGCCUGCACCACCAUCCCGCGCGCCGCCGCCGCCCCCCGCGCGCGCGGUGCCGCCGCCGCCCGCGCACCGCACCGCGCCGCCGCGCCCUGCACAACCAGUAUCGUCAGGACCACCAUCAGUGCCUCCCCCCGCCCCCGGCACGGCGCCGCCUCCCCGCCGCCCAUGUCCGCGGCACCGCCCGUGGCCCCGCCCUCCGCCGCCGCCGCGCGCCGCCCGCCCGCCCCCGGCGCCGCCCAUGGCGCCCGCCACCCCGCCCCCGCCGGCUGAGGCCGCGGCCGCAGACCCGAGAGCUGCACUUAUGGAGAGUAUUAGAAGUGGCUCCAAGACACUCAAGCGCGUGGAACCAACGGCUAAGCCGGUCGUGGUGGAUGACAGCAGGAGUAACUUACUCAGCGAGAUCAGGCAGGGCGUUGAGUUGCGAUCCGUGUCCCGGUCGGGCAGUAACAGCGGCAGCGAGCGCAAGGGAGCCCGCCCCGCAUGCGGGCUCGCCGAAGCCCUACAGAGGGCUCUAGAAGAACGCUCCCGCGCCAUACACUCCUCCGACUCAGAGCUCUCCGACGCCACCACCAGCGACGGCGAGUGGGACGACUGAUUGCCUUAACCACCCUCUUAUAAAAACAAAAACAUUCAGAUAUCGGCUAUAUCUCAUGUAUGAAAAACCAGACUACACAAUCUACCCUGGGUUAUGAAGAAAAACUUUCAGCUACCAUCUUCAAUACAUGUAUGAAAGUCAAGACCAAGGUACUGUCAACUUUAAAUUCAAAAAUGAUCGGAACAAACACAUUCAGCUACCGUAUAUAGCUAAUGUAUGAAAGCGAGACUUUAGAUGCCGUCUACUGUAAUAUCAAAAUUGAUGUGAGUACUACUAAAUGUGUUUCGAAAAAAUCUUACACAUUCAGGCAGAAGUCUUAUAAGUAUGUAUAAUGGAGACAGUAAGAGUUAACAUAUUUGAAACGAGGGCUAGUCCCACUCGCAUUUUCAUUACUCGGUUCCGUACCCUUAAAUUGGCCAAAAAAUUGCGUUUGCUGUAUGGGAAACCCUCAAAAUAUUUUCAAAUAUUGUUGUAGUUUUCAGUAUUUUUGAUUAUGUGCGAUAUUGUCGAUAACAGACAGCAAAGUCUUAGCAAUAAAGUCCAAUUUAUCCCUUUGGGUAUGGAACCCUAAAGAUUAUUGUGUCUGUAAAUUCAGAUAUGUAGCAAAAAACCAUGUUGUAGAAGUCUUAUCAACGUAUAUCAAGGAGUCGACAAUACGUAUUAAACAAUUUUGAUAAAACGAAAAUUGUAACUGUAAAGUAAUACUUUCGCCAUAUUGUCCGCAUAGUGACAGCCAAAAUAGGUCGAUCGGAUACCUCUAUAUUAUUUCUAACUUAUGUUUGCGCCUCUUAUGAAAAUUAGGCAUUUAUAAUUAUUCUCUGAUCAUAGUUUUCGUUCAAUCUGACUUGGGAAAAUUAUCAUCUAGCCGUAGAAUCUAUUUUGAACUAAAACUCCUACUACAACUACAUAGAUAUCCACCAUGACAAAUCUCCAAUUAAUUUUACCUGGGUUCAGCAAAUAUUCGUCCCACUUUCUAUUUAUUGCUAUUUGUAGAAAACAUAUUUAAAUCCCUCCAAAAAGGGCGGAGUACCUCGCGUCCGAGUAUCGUGAGACACAAGUUAGGGUUCGUACAUAUUAGCAAAGCCACGUCAAAUGUCCAUGUGAUGUGUAUGCACCCUUAGCGAGACACGCAGGCCACGGUAAAUUUUACGAGCAUACGAGUUUAUUUAAACCCUAGUCAAGGAAUUUGUUGACAUAAUUAUUAUACAUUAACGUUUCGAUCACUCUUCUGGUCGAUCGGUUUCGCGUUAUAAUUUAAAACGUCUAAUACAUAUAUUAUUAAGUAUUUAACUAACAAGUAUCAGUGUAUAAGGUUUAUUUUAAAACUAUUUAAUGACCAUUUUAAAAGUAUUCGGUAAAUUUCUUAUAAUCAACAUUUACAUUCUUGUUCUAUCAAAUCAAUAACGCUAGGUUUGUUUAUUAACGUAUUAAAUUAUAUUAUACAUACUUAAAUCAGUCAUAAAACUAUGUAUUCUUUUAAAAGUAUUAGUUUGUAACAGGCAGGAACUUGGAGAAAAUUGCGCUAUAUAGAUGUGUUGGAUUGCAUAUAAAAAAGUGUCUUAUGUGCGUCAUAAUAUGUAUAGAAAUAAAAUUAAGCUCUUUGUUUUCUGUUAAAUUCUUAAUUAAAAAUAAUUUAAUAUUAAUUAGGCUUUUAAAAAUCUUUUGUCUUUUAUAAAAUGUGUGCCAGAGUAGCUAGUAGUGGAGUAAUUACUGAUAAAUUGUUGAAGUUAUACAUUUUAAUGAUUUAACAGUUUUACUCUGCCCUAGUGUAUGAAUUUACUUCAGUUCAAAUGUGAUAUUGGAAUAACUGUGCUCAGCAAUAUUUUCUCUUGUAUUAAGUCAAGCAUUUAAAUAUAGGUGUUUUACAUGAAUGUCUUUACUGGUUCUUAGUUCGAGGCAAUCGACAGUCAGAAUGUAGUUUACCAUUCAGCUAGUACACAGAGUACGCCUCGGCGCUCAAACGAUGCCUCGAGUUAAGAAACUAUUUAAAAUCUAUUUUAUUAGUGUCAUGUGAAUAUUUUUAUAUAAUUAAUUAAUUACUUUUGAUAAUAAAUGCUACAAGUUAUUAAUAUUUUUAUUAAAAUAAUAAUUGUUUUGAAUGUUACGUUUGUGAAGCCGUAGAAAGAAUACGUUGAAUUUUAUUGCUUUCAGAACUAUUUCGAACACUUAUUUAGAAUGUAUAAGGAAGUGAAGCACAUUGAUAUCGCCUUAAUACAAUACCAAUUUCAAAACAAAGGCUGACGUACUCUUUCAACGAAAUCACUUAUAUAUUUUAUAGAAUCGAUGUAAAAUGUGUAUAUAAAUGUAGUAGGUAAAUUCUAAUAGAAUAAUGCUGUAAAUGACUGAAAGAAAUUCGACGGUGAUUGUAGGAUUCGAUAAUGUGUGUACUGAGAGUUAUCAUAUUCUUGUAAGAAAUAGCAGUUGCCGUCACACAUAAGCGAUCAUAAAUGCUUGAAAUUCACAAAAUACGGUCUCUGUAAUCAAAAACGUUACUGAUAUACAAGUUUCAAAGCACACACUUGAAAGUAGCUAGCUAAUAGAAAUACUAUAGUACUACAAAAUCGAAUAUUCGUUGUUUGAAUUAUCGAUAGUUUCACUUGACGCUUUAAUUACUGCUCACGUUGUUCUAUCGAUACUAGAGAUGUGUAUGAAUACGUUUAUCGAAAUCGAUUUCAUUUGUAAUAUUUUUUCUUAAAUCAUAAAAAGUAUAUUUUUGCAUAGAGCCAAAACUGCGUUAUUUCGUGUUAUUUUUUCAAUUGAAAAGUUAAUAUUUUUAUUACGGUUUCAAAUAAAAUAAUAAAGUUUAUUUUCUGGCAAGUCGUAUAUUUCUUUUAAUUUUUUAUGACUAAUAAGUAUUUUAAGGUAGAUAGAAAAUCGAACAGAAUAACUUAUGAAAGAAUUCUGCUGUUGAUUUUUGCAGCAUUAUGUAUAACGCAAGCAAUCAAACUACAAGCGGUCUUUAUGAUGCAGAGCAUACUGCAGUUAUAAAAUGCCUGGUGCAGAUAACUGCAUACAAACUUCAUAUUUUGCAUAUUCGAUGUACACAUUUAUACUCAGCAUAAUCAAUCAUAAUACAACCCUGGUAUUUAAGAAUGAAAUUCACCAAUACUUGUAUUACUCGGUCCCAAAUCAGAUCCGCAUGUACUAGCCUUUUAGUUAAACUAGUGUAAGGGUUACGACUUAUGUAUCUUAAUAAAUAACGAUAGAUAUUUUUAUAACUAUCAACGUUUACGAUUUAUGUAAUGUACCUGUAACACCCGAGAACUUGUGGAUGGCUGGUUAACUGAGGUGAGGAAGGAAAUUAGAUUCUAAAAUUGAAGAUUGAGCUAAUCUUCUCUUUCGCAUUGGAAUAUAGAAAACUUUAGUGACAAAAACGUGCAAUAGAUUUUGUUUAAGCAUUUCCUUGCAAGGAAGCCGCAGUGUUGUGACUGUAGUAAAAAUGUUUUCUGCAUAUAAACUAAUGUUAGCUCAGUUAAUCAGUUAUAAAUGAGGAUGUUGACUAAAUAAACAUUAUUAAAAUUUCAA